AAGGACCAGGAGGCUGUGGGGGGGACAGGACACUGCGGAGUAGGGAAGAGGAAGUUGUGUGUGUGGGACACAGGAGGCUGUUGGGGGUGUGAAAAGGAACAGGAGGCUAUGGGGGGAGGGAACAAGAGGCUGUGGAGGGAACAUGAAGCUGGGGGGGAACAGGAGGCUGUGGGGGGAGGGAACAGGAGGCUGUGGGGGGAAACAGGAAGCUGGGGGGGGACAGGAGGUUGUGUGCGGGGAACAGGAGACUGUGUGUGUGGAACAGGAGGCUGGGGGAGGGAAACAGGAGGCUGUGGGGGUCUGGGAGGAGGAACAGGAAAGCUUCAGGGCCUGAAGGGAGAGAAUUAGACAACCAACAAAAGCAAAUGCUUUUUAAAAUGCCAUAGUGAAACCCAGUACUGUGUAUGCUAAGUAAACGUUUUCUUUAGAAACAUAAAAGGGCGCAUAGGUAUUAGGGCCAGUAAGUGCUAAUGCAGAAGUAUCUCCUUCCAUAGCCCACUGGCCUCUGCUCUCAUCUCCUCCAUCCUCCCUUGCCCCAGAGCUGCCUCCAUCUGUGCUGUUCUUCCUCCUCAGACAGAUGUUCACUCUGAGGCCUUUUGGAACAUUCUGGAAUACUCUUCCCUGAGACUUCCACAUUACUCUCCCCCCAUUGAAUCACUGCCUGUAGCCAAACAGAACAUUUCGGAGAACAUUGCUUUCCACAGCCCCCCAAAACAAGAUCACCUCAACUCUCACUGGUGUUUGUACUUCUUCAUGUUUCUUUUCUAUGCUAUAUAUUUAAUUACUUAUAGCAGUCUUUAGAAAAUCUCCUGACAGACUCAGAGGCUACUCCUGGUGAAAUAGGUGUGGAAUCUCUGAACUUGGAAUACUGCCAGGCUCCUUAGACUUUGACUGGGGUGAACUCUGACUCCUCUAACUGUUGGAUAUUGCAGGAAUCGUUGACUUUCAAGGACAUUGCCGUGGACUUAUCCCAGGAGGAGUGGGGACAGCUGGCUCCUGCAUACCAGGAUUUGUAUCGGGAGGUGAUGCUGGAGAACUACAGAAACCUGGUGUCAGUGGAGCCCCAGACUAGGGAAUGGCACCACCCGCAGUGGACUGGGAUCUUCUCACAUCAAUUAAGACAGCCUCCCACACCAACUUGAUUAAGAAUCUUCUCAGGAUAUCAACUUUCCAAGCCUACUGUGAUUUCCCAGUUGGAAAAAGGAGAGGGACCAUGCAUGGCAGAGAGUCAAGGCCCAGAGGAUCCCAUUUUAGAUGUGAAGAAUAAACUAGAAACCAAGGAGUCAACUGCAGAGGAUGACAUUUCUGUCAAGCUCGAUCAUGGCAUCACGAGGGGAAGGCUGAUAGAGGAUGAUAUAGUUUGUUCUCCAUUGAAAAAAGCCUCCAGCUACAGUGAUACAUUAGAGAGUCACCGGGCAACCUGUGGGAAAGGCACGAGACGAGCCAUUUGGACCCACAAAAAGAAACGCCAAGAAGGGAACAAAUUGGAAAACCCAGAGAGUUCCAAUGUUAUUUUAGAACAGAAGCACCGUAAACACAAACCAGCCAGAAAGAGGAACAAGUAUAAAUUAGAUUCAAUUGAUCACCCAGUGAGCUGUAUGAGAGCCAGAAGGUACCCAUGUAAUGUGUGUGAGAAAAUGUUUAAGCAACCCAUUCACCUUGUCGAGCACAUGAGAACUCACACUGGCGAGAAACCGUUCCGGUGCAAGGAGUGUGGGAGGGCCUUUAGUCAGAGCGCAUCUCUCAAUACGCACCAGAGGAUCCACACUGGGGAGAAGCCCUUCGCAUGUGAGGAGUGCGGCAAAGCCUUCCGGCAUCGCUCGUCGCUUAACCAGCAUCACCGGACUCACACUGGAGAGAAACCGUUCACGUGUGACAAAUGUCAGAAAGCCUUUAGCCAGAACAUCAGCUUGGUCCAGCAUCUGAGGACUCAUUCGGGAGAGAAACCCUUUAGCUGCAGUGAAUGUGGGAAACCCUUUCGACAGAUUAGACACCUUAGCGAACAUGUAAGAAUCCACACUGGGGAGAAGCCCUACAAAUGCACCUCCUGCUGUAAAACAUUCAGUCAUAGAGCAUAUCUCACACAUCACCAGCGAAUCCACACCGGGGAGAGACCCUACAAAUGUAAGGAGUGCGGGAAAGCCUUCAGGCAGAGGAUACACCUUAGCAACCACAGGACUGUUCACACAGGGGUGAAAGCCUACGAGUGUAACCGCUGUGGGAAAGCCUACAGGCACGACUCCUCCUUUAAGAAACACCAGCGACAUCACACGGGAGAAAAGCCUUACGAAUGUACUGAGUGUGGAAAGUCCUUCAGCUAUAACUCAUCCCUGAGCCGACACCAGAAAAUCCACAGGAGGAACACUUUCCGAGAUGAUCCGGGACAUGAGAACAAAAGGCAGCUCUAAAUUGGUGAUUCUGAGCUUUAAAGUUUCAGGACUCGAGUAACCUUGAGAAAUUAACAACAACGGUGGCAACUUUUGAUUUUGCCAAAAGUGUAAAUAAAUACCCUGUUGAUUACUACUGUCUGACAAUUACACAAAAUGAUAAAUUAAGCAUUAUGAGAAUUUCACAAAUAUUUUUUUACUCAUUUCAUGAUAGAUGAAUAAAUUAUUUCUUAUGAAUUCACUGAUUUACAGAUUAGUAUUUGGGAACUACUGUUUAAAAUAUUACCACCUAGGCUGGGGAUGUGGCUCAGCAGGUAAAGGCCUUUCCCACUAAGCAUGGUAACAUACCUAAUUUUGAUCCUUGGGAACCAUGAGGUAGAAGAACUGGCCUCCAGCAGCUGUCCUCUGAGCUCCACAUGUGCACACAAGCUAUCUGAUUUUUAAGUAUUACCCAGGUCCUUUACUACAGUCACAGUUUCAAGUAUCUUUCCUCCAAGCUUCUUGUACCAGCUUUCUAAAUACCUCUAAAUAUCUGUGGGGUUUGUUUGUUUGUUUUUUUGGGUUUUUUUUUUGAGGAUUUACAAUACUGAGUUAAAUCUAGGGCAAUGUGCAUUAUUUGAAAGUUCUACCACUGAACAAUAUCAACUUUGUUUUCCUUUUUUUGAAACAGAGUCUUGCUUUUCUCCUUCAAGUUUGGCCUCAAAAUUACUAUGUAGUCAAGGGUGGCCUUGAACUUACGAUCCUCUUGCCUCUAAACUCUCAAGGUCAGGGAUUACAGUUGUGGGCCACCACACUUUGUUUAUGCAGUGCUGGGGUCUGUGCUCAGAGCUGUGUGUGUGCUAGGCAAGCAUCCUACCAACUGAGCUACAUCCUCAGCCUCCCCCACCCCGCCCCUUUUUAAAGUGUUGAAACUGGAUUGUCUAAUAAGUUGUCCAGGCUCGACUUCAACUCAUGAUGCUUCUACUUCAGUAUUCCGAGCAGCUGAGAUUAUAGGUUUGUACCAUGGGGCUCUACUCAAACACUUGCUGAGUGUAGCCAGUUUGCCCCAGGAGGUCUUUUGUUAGCUUGUAAAGAUGUUCAAGCUUGACACUGCAACAUGAAAUUCACACUCAAGAACCCUGCAGUUGGGACUGGAGAGAAGGCUCAGCCAUUGAGAAUAUAUACUGCUCCUGCAGAGGGCCUCAGGCCAUUCACGACUGCAUGCAACUCCAGCUCCAAGGGUAUCCAAUACCUCUUGCCUUUGUGAAUGGAAUACUGCUCAUAGAUUUAUAAACCCAGCAUGUGCCUGCAUGCUUUCUCACACACAAUUUUUCAAAAGCUUUAUUAAAGAAUCCUGCAAUGGAGUUUAGAAGAUCUCAAAGUAACUACAA